AUGAGGGUAGUUGUAUCCAUCUCAGUGGGAAUGCUCGAUGCGUGGACGGAGUCUGUAACAGACAUCUCAGUGGGAAUGCUCGAUGUGUCGAUUGGGUCUGUAACAGACAUAUCAGUGGGAAUGCUCGAUGCGUCGACGGGGUCUGUAACAGACAUCUCAGUGGGAAUGCUCGAAGUGUUGACUGGGUCUGUAACAGACAUCUCAGUGGGAAUGCUCGAUGCGUCGACGGGGUCUGUAACAGACAUCUCAGUGGGAAUGCUCGAUGUGUGGACGGAGUCUGUAACAGACAUCUCAGUGGGAAUGCUCGAUGUGCCGACGGAGUCUGUAACAGACCUCUCAGUGGGAAUGCUCGAUGUGCCGACGGAGUCUGUAACAGACCUCUCAGUGGGAAUGCUCGAAGCGUCGACUGGGUCUGUAACAGACAUCUCAAUGGGAAUGCUCGAUGUGUCGACGGAGACCAUGAAUGACCUACAGAAUGAUGAUGAAAUUAAAGUUGCAUUAAUUAUAAGUAAACAAAAAAAGAUUCCAAAAGAAACUGAAGAAGACAGAAAAGAGGAAAAAGAAGAAGAAGAAGUGGAAGACAACGGAGAGGAGAGAGAGUACGAAGAGAAGGAAGACGUCAGAGAGGAAGAUGAAGUCAGAGAGGAAGAAGAAAACAGAGAGAAUGCAAUAAAUAGAGAGGAGGAAAAAGAUAAAGAGGAGGAGGAAGUCAGAGAGGAAGAACUUAUGGAAAUUGAUGAAGAUGAAGACAAAAAAAUAAUUAAAUUAAUUUAA